AGCCUGCAGACAGUACAGCCUCCCAGCCCACAGGAAUGAAUGAAAAUGUCUCAUCCUCGGUUCAGAGCUGCAGCAGUGCUGUUAGUUGCAAUAACUCAUCAGCCAUCCCUCAGCCCAGCUCUGCUAUUAAACCUUGGCGCAGCAAGUCCCUUAGUGCUAAGCACACAGCUACGUCUUCCAUGUUAUCCGUAAAGCAGCCCGUAUCGGAGCCUCCAAAGCCACCCUCGGAAAUCGCCAAAACAACUCCCAACGGUCAAAAAUCCAUGCUUGAAAAAUUAAAACUCUUCAAUAGCAAAGGAGGCUCCAAAGCAGGAGGGACAACGCUCGAGGGUCCGGGGUCUCGGGACAACAGCUGUGAAAAGCUGGAGACGCUUCUCAGCUUUGAGGAGAGUGAAGAAAUUGAUGCCACGAAUCAGAAUGUGAACAAUCCAGGAUCGAUGUCCAGUAGUCCCAAAAUUGCACUCAAGGGAAUUGCACAAAGGACUUUUAGCCGGGCGCUAACUAAUAAGAAAAGUUCUCCAAAGGGUAAUGAGAAGGACAAAGAGAAACAGAAAGAGAAAGAAAAGGAUAAAAGUAAAGACAUUGCAAAGAGAACAUCUAUCACUGAAAAGCUGGACUUGAAAGAGGAACCAAAAGAAGAUCAGACAGCACUAGCAACAACAGAGAUGCCAAAAAAGUCCUCCAAGAUCGCAAGCUUUAUCCCUAAAGGAGGAAAGCUGAAUAGUGCCAAGAAGGAGGCCUCUGCCCCUUCGCACAGUGGAAUACCAAAACCAGGAAUGAAAAACACCACAGGGAAAUCCUCAAGUGCCCCCGUUCCUGCAAAGGAAGGCGAGAGAGGCCGCAGCGGGAAGGCCAGCUCGGGACCUUCUCAUCAGAAGUCUCAGCUGGACAGCAGGCAUUCCAGCUCCUCGUCCAGCCUAGCCUCUUCAGAAGGAAAAGGCAUAGGAGGCCUCAACUCGCCCCCGCCGCGACGACGCACACCACAGGGAGCAACACUGUCGCAGACAGACAACGAAGGGAAUGUAACAGCCGAGGCCAGCACAGGAGGGGUCAGCAUGGAUUCCGCUCUUUAUGUCAAAACUGGACAGCCUGCUCUCGAAGACCUCUCGGAUAGUUCACCCGUAGUCGGGGCUCCGGCACUUCGCGUUCCGCUUACGAAGAACAUGUUGGCACUACUAGAAAUUCACUUCUCUUCAACCUUCUUAGAAGGAGAGGAUCCAGAAACUCGGCGGUUACGAACGGUAAAAAAUAUUGCCGAUCUUCGACAGAACUUAGAGGAAACGAUGUCCAGUUUACGGGGAACCCAGGUCACUCACAGCACAUUGGAAACUACGUUUGACACCAACGUCACUACCGAGAUAAGCGGCCGCAGCAUCCUCAGCUUGACGGGACGACCGACCCCCUUGUCGUGGAGACUGGGGCAGUCCAGCCCCCGCCUGCAGGCAGGCGACGCUCCGUCGAUGGGAAAUGGGUAUCCUCCGCGAGGGAACGCCAGCCGCUUCAUCAACACGGAGUCGGGACGUUACAUGUAUUCGGCACCUUUGCGGAGGCAACUGGCAUCCCGCGGCAGCAGUGUCUGCCACGUGGACAUCUCGGACAAGGGAAGUGAUGAAAUCGAUCUGGAAGGCCUCACCAUGGAUGCCACCGGGUAUAUGAGCGAUGGCGAUGUGUUGGGCAAGAAUAUUAGAGCUGAUGACAUCACAAGUGGGUAUAUGACCGACGGUGGUCUGGGCCUCUAUACACGAAGGCUAAACCGGCUGCCUGAUGGCAUGGCUGCUGUGCGGGAGACGAUGCAGCGUAAUACUUCGCUGGGACUGGGGGAUGCUGACAGCUUGAAACCCAUACUCAGCCAGCAGCGCUCGCGCCUGGUUGACCGUGGGUGA